CGUUUGUUUGAAAAUGGCUACGGAGAAAGACUUGGUGAACGCGGUGAGGGAUUCCCUCGAAGCGGGGGGUGAACUUGGGCGGAUUAAAGCGGAGAUGCGCAGUGAAGUUAUGAAAUUGUUGGAUGGUUCUGCAGCGUCUAAUCGGGGGAAGAGGCCCGAGUCCCCGCGGGACGUUGUUAUUUUGAAUGAGUUGAUACGAGAGUAUUUGGAUUGGAUUGGGUACAAAUACACGUUAAAUGUUCUCAUAUCAGAAUGUGAAUUUGGAAAACAACCCCUGGAUCGUACAUUCCUAGCCCAGGACUUGGGAGUAAAAGAGACUGACAACACGAAGAAAUUACCCCUCCUCUUCAGCCUCGUGGAGACAUUCAGAAGUCUCAACACCUCUCAAGAAUAGUCCAAUUAUUAAAAUGAUAUUUCAUCCAAAAGUGCCCCUCAAUCGACUCCAAAUGUAAUUUAUAACCAAUUAAUUUUAAGGUAAUAUUUGAUUAAAGACUCCACAGUUCAUUAUAAGAAUGUUCAUACCCCUUAUUUAUUUUUUAAAGAACUACUCUGUUUAUUCUCUCUUUAUAAUAUCGACAGAACAUUAUGAAAGUACAAUAUAAUUAUAAUAAUAUCGA